UUUCCCCCCUUUUUUUUUUUUCCCCUCCAAGACUCUGGGACCUGGCUCAGAUUUAUGGGAUUUCUCCUGGCCCAGGGAAGAACCAAGUGGAGACAAAGCCCUGCCCUCACCUCACCAGUGCCUCCAUGCAGGCCAGGCUGCCCUGCCUGUGCUCUGCUCUGGGAAUUUUGGGAGCCUGAAGGACACCAGCCCUGCCAGCAGCUGAGGAUUUGGAAGCAAACCUGCUUUUCCUAGGAGCAAAGAUUGAGGAACAAACCCAUCAAAGCAAGCUCUGAUCAAUCCCAGGCAUUUUAGUGCUCUUUUUGAUGUUUUCUGCUGUGAAACGUUUCCAAGGUCAUUGAUUUAUUUUUUGUUUUGUUUUGUUUUAUUUUUCUCCCUUUAUUUUGAUUUUUUAUUAUUAUUUUUGGGUUGUUUUUUGGUUUUUUUUGGCCCCUCACACCAUUUUUUUGCCAUUAUGAACCGUCCAGCCCCCGUGGAAAUUACUUACGAAAAUCUGCGUUUCCUGAUCACUCACAACCCAACCAAUGCAACCCUCAGCAAGUUCAUCGAGGAGCUGAAGAAGUACGGGGUGACAACCUUGGUGCGAGUUUGUGAUGCCACUUAUGAUCAAGCUCCAAUCGAGAAAGAAGGAAUCCAAGUUCUAGACUGGCCCUUUGAUGAUGGAGCGCCGCCCCCCAGCCAGAUCGUGGAGGAUUGGCUGAACCUUUUGAAAACCAAAUUUCGGGAGGAGCCCGGGUGCUGCGUGGCCGUUCACUGUGUGGCAGGGCUGGGAAGGGCUCCCGUUCUGGUCGCGCUUGCUCUCAUUGAAUGUGGAAUGAAGUAUGAGGAUGCAGUUCAGUUUAUAAGGCAGAAAAGGAGGGGAGCUUUCAAUUCCAAACAGCUGCUUUAUCUGGAGAAAUACCGGCCCAAGAUGAGAUUACGCUUCAAAGAUGCCAACGGUCACUGCUGUGUUCAAUAAAUAAACACAAAAACCAAAAUGUUGAUCUCAAAAGGAAGGCAGAAGUGAGCGGGGGGCUCUUCUCUGGACUCUUGGCACCUGGAAAUGUGAAUCUGGAAUCAAAAAAAAAAAAAAAGAAAAAAAAAAAAAGGAAAAAAAAUGUCAUUAAAUUAGUGGUGGAGUCAGUGCUCCUGAACCUCUGUCCUUAAAAAAAAAAAAGGGUGAUGAUGAUUGAGAGGAAAAAAAACCCCAAAAUUAGAAAAAUAUAUAAUAAUAAUUAUAAUAAUAAUAAAAAAGCCAAUUAAGAGAAACAUUUCAGUGAAGGAUUGUUUUCUCCUUAAGCUGCAACCUGCAAGGAGAAAAGCAGUUUCUGAACCUUCUGUAUUUUUAACUUUUUAAGAAAAGAAAUAAAGUCAACUUUAUGUCUAAGGAAAAGCAGCAGAGCAUUGCCUUGUGCAGAAAGGAUUUUCUCGAGGUGAGAAAAGCACCCCCAGCCGGGAAUGUGAAUUCCUGAGAUGUGAAUUCCUUUAAAAAAAGGAAAUUUUUUUUGUUUUUAACGAGGGACACGAGGAGGAGCUGGCUGGGAACAGCCUGACAGCCUUAAGCCCCUUUUUUGGGCACAUCCCAGGGAUUUUGGGGGAUGUUUUCCAUGGAAUUCUGACUCCUGGGGGGCUUGAACAGGACCCUCACUGCCUAAACCCUGUGGUGAAUCUGGUUUUUUGUGGGAGUGUGUGUGUGAUCCUCUGUGUGUGUCACUCUGAUUUUUCCCAAAGAAUUCGGCUGAAAUGUUAAUUUGAGACAGAAAAUCCAUCCUGGCACACAAGACUGAUGUUCCAAAGUGUCCUGGGCGAGCGAGGGGCGAUUCAAACAAGGGUUUAAAAUUAAUUUCUCUGUCAGAAAGAUGGAAAAGGCUUUUUUAUUUUAAUUUUUUUUUGCUGCUGUCCACGUGCCCGGCCUUGCUGAGCACAGGAAAUUGGGAUUUCGAGGGAAGGCCUCACUUGGUGUGAGGGGGAAUUUUCUCAGUUGAGCCUGUGAUCCUUUUUUAUUGGGGUUUUUGGGAGGGAGAAUCCCAAUUUCCACCCCUAAAUCCUGUCACCCUUCAUCAGCACACCCUAAAAAUUUGGAUUUUUGGAAAUCUUUUUGUGGGGCUGCCAGGGAACAAAUGGAAGGUUUUGAGGAGCAAUUUUGGCCAGGCUGCUCCUGCCAGACCCAUUUUUCAUUUUGGUUGCCCCAGGAGUUACUUUGAGUACCUUGUCCUGGUGAUUUUCCAUAAUAUCCACAUUUUUUUUCCAUAAUAUCAAUAUUUUCCCCAUAAUACCCAGUUUUAGAAGGGUUUGGAUCCACCUUGCUGAGCACAGGAAGUUGGGAUUUCGAGGGAAGGCCUCACUUGGUGUGAGGGGGAAUUUUCUCAGUUGAGCCUGUGAUCCUUUUUUAUUGGGGUUUUUGGGAGGGAGAAUCCCAAUUUCCACCCCUAAAUCCUGUCACCCUUCAUCAGCACACCCUAAAAAUUUGGAUUUUUGGAGAUCUUUGUGUGAGGCUGCCAGGGAACAAAUGGAAGGAUUUGAGGAGCAAUUUUGGCCAGGCUGCUCCUGCCAGACCCAUUUUUCAUUUUGGUUGCCCCAGGAGUUACUUUGAGUACCUUGUCCUGGUAAUUUUCCAUAAUAUCCACAUUUUUUUUUCCAUAAUAUCAAUAUUUUUCCCCAUAAUACCCAGUUUUAGAAGGGUUUGGAUCCACCUUGCUGAGCACAGGAAAUUGGGAUUUCGAGGGAAGGCCUCACUUGGUGUGAGGGGGAAUUUUCUCAGCUGAGCCUCUGAUUCUUUUUUAUUGGGGUUUUUGGGAGGGAGAAUCCCAAUUUCCACCCUAAAUCCUGUCACCCUUCAUCAGCACACCCUAAAAAUUUGGAUUUUUGGAGAUCUUUUUGUGGGGCUGCCAGGGAACAAAUGGAAGGAUUUGAGGAGCAAUUUUGGCCAGACUGCUUCUACCAGACACAAUUUUAAUUUUGGCUGCCCCAGAUGGGAUCUUGCACGUUCUCCUGGCUAAUUUUCCACAAUAUCCAUUUUUUUUCCAUAAUACCCAUAUAUUUCCCCAUAAUACCCAGCCUUGGAUGGGUUUGGAUCCAGGUUUUGGGCCCUGUUCCCUCAGGAUAUUUUGAAAUUUGGGUUUUUUGGGUUGUACCUGCAGCAAGUGAGGUUUCAUCCCCAUCCCUUCCUCAUCCUCCCUUUCUCAGGAUUUCCCCUUUUCCCAAACUCCUGCAGGAGCCUUUCCAGAACACAGAAAAUGGAUUUUAGGAAUUCCAGCCUUGGCAGAGAUUUUAAUAAAUUGACCCAGAAAAUGUCAGUGCUUGUCAAAGUCCCUCAGGUGAGCUCCCCAAACCCUCCCUGCCUUCAGGCUGUGCUGAAUCCCCUCCUCCCUGUGGAAUAUUCUGAUUUUUCCAUGGAUCAAGGAGAGCUGGAAGUGUUUUUUGGGGUGGGUGCUGCCCUGAGGAGGGAGGGAAAUGGUGCUGAAAUCCCAAUUCUGCCCUUUGCCUUCCCCUCCCACCCUCAGAGCCUGAGGAGUCGAUAAAAACGGACCUUUCUGCAAAGAGAAAAAAAAUGGAAUUUUGAGCCAAAGGUAUCCCGGUUUUUAAACCAAUUUGACAAAUUCUGGAAUUCAGAUGAGAGGGGACGGUGCUGAGCUGAAUGCAAACCCCAACUCCUCCUGAAGAACCAUAAAAUAAACCAAAUUUUAAAUGCUCCAUGUAUAACUUCACAUUCUUCCUCCUGUUCCCCUAAUUCCCCCCUUUGAUUUAUGAUGUCCUAAUUAUCAUAUCCAGCCUUAAUUAGAUGGGGAAAUGCAGAUUGUCCCGGUGUCCCCAGGAGCUGGGGAUGUCACUGUGCCCCAGGCGCAGCUCCUGGCUCAGCACUUGAACCUGGUGCAAUAAAGUUCUUGCAGUAAAAAUCUC